AUGUCAUCGAAAUCUAUAUUGGAACAGGGAAACCAGCAAUCACAGCCACAAUAUGUUUGUAUAAAAUGUAAUAAGCAGAUUCAAUCAGGAAAUUUUUAUACUAUUAAUAAUUUUCAUUACCAUAAUGAUUGUUUCCAUUGUUUUAAAUGUCAAAAAAUGUUAGCACCUCAUGCUACCGCUGAUAGCAAUGAUAAAUUGUUAGUUUUAGAAAAUGGCACAUUAAUUUGUUCAGAUUGUUCAGAUUCUUGUAAAAGGUGUGGUAAAAAGAUUUAUGAUUUAGCUAUUAUAUUAUCAAAUAAUGAGGCAUAUUGUCCUGAAUGUUUCAGAUGUACAAAAUGUGAUAAAGAAAUUACUGAUCUUAAAUAUGCAAAGACUAAGAAUGGUAUAUUUUGCGUAGAUUGUCAUCAAAUUUUAUUACAAAAGAGGCGACUCACAAAGGAAAAAUUAUUGAAUAAACAGAAAAAUGAUAGUACUAUUGAUAGUAUAGAGAUACCUAUACGGUCACCAAGCCGUAAUAAGAAUCGCGAUAAUCCAAUAUAUAGUAAAAUUCCAAAUACUUUACCUAAAUUAGUACCAAAGACUUCUUCUCCUUCAUCAUCUUCAGUAUCGAUAAUAUCGUCGAUGGUUAGUGCUCAAUCUAUUACAAGUAAUAGAACUACAAAUUCUACAGCCGAUGGGUUUUCGUUAAAGGAACAAACAAGUUUGAAAAAACCUCCAACUUUAGUUAAAGAUCAAACAUUUUCCACUUUGAAAGGUGUACCGUCAACUUAUGAAGAUGCUGAAAGUAAACAAUCUACCGAAUAUUUGGAUUUAGAGAGUAAAGCUGGUCAUACCCGUAAUGUCUCCAUUGACGAUAUGUUAAAUGCAACACUCGACCAUGAUGAAGAGUUUAAAGAUUCAGACGAAAAUGAAGAUCAUGAUAGUAUUGAUGAGGAUGAGGAUGAGGGUGAACAAGAUGCCACUGAUAGAAGUUUCCUACAUUAUACCCCUGUUAAACAUAAUAUGGAAUCGAUAUUUUCAGAAAAUUCGUUAAUUGACACUUAUGAUCGUGAGUCUAUAUCACGAACUCCUGAACCUGCACGAAUCAUCGAACAAGUGGUUCCUGAACUACCAACAAGUAGAUUACCUGAUAUUGAAUUAAAGGAUACGCGAACGACUCCAAAAUUAUUAGCCACACCAUCCUCAAAGAACGCACUAUCGAAUAUUCCAUUAAACAGCCCCAUGGCAAUUGAUUCAAAACAAACUGGAGAAGCCAAAGGUUUGGCAUUAGACUUGCCAAUGUUUUCUUUUGAAGACAAGGAUUUGUAUUACAGAAAUAAUAAAUCCAGUGGUGGUAAUACCGAUACAGGUAUUCCUAAUCUUAAGGAAUCGUUACAACAAGUCUUCUCUGGGGCUCACGAUGAAAAGAACAAUAGUAAUUAUAAUAAUGGUAAGCCCAAUUUUGCGGAUGAUGAUGAUGAUGAUAAAAUAAUUCAAAUCACAAAGGAUAAUAAUAUUCUUGCUAAUUCUUCACCACAAAGUGCUCAUAAAAAUAAGAAAUUAAACAGAUCAUUUUCAUUAAGAAAUAAUAAAUUUUUCAAUGGGUUUAGAAAUAAAUCUUCAGAAUCUCCAAAGAAUAUUGCAUUAUCUCCAAAUACUAAUAAUAUGCACGGUGCCAUAGAUACCCAUUCAGGUUGGGGUGUAUCGAAUAACAACACUUCGAGAAUAGUCUCUGGAGAAAAACCAAGAAAUUCUUUUAAAGGUAGUAGUGACACGUUAAUCUACCACAGACAUAAAAACGAUACAGAUAUAUAUAACACUUCUAAUGGACCUAUCAGUAUAUCAUCGCCAGUAAAGGUAGAAAUGAGUUCAAGUGCCGGACAUGCUAGAUCACAGAGUACUGCUAGUCAGUCUUCUCAAGUUGCAUCGAAUAUUGCAAUGUUUAGAACUCCACCACUAGAUAACAACGCAAUCUUUAAAAGAGGUGGUACAUUAUCAUCUACAUCAACAGAUCACAAUAGAUCAAAAAGUUAUGAUGCAUCUUCUCAAGCACAACGCACUAUUUCAAAAGAAAUUGCUGAAUCAGCAAAUACAACAUCUACUGAACCUAUCUAUGAAGAUGAUGGUAAUGUAAGUUCUCAAUCACCUCGUGAUAUUGAUUCUAAUAAGAUUGCUGCACAUCAUAGAUCUAUUAGUUGGCAAACGGCAUUACAUUUUCGUCAUAAGAGUAUUAAUGAAAUUGAUGAAAAUAUUGAUCCAACAGAAUUACCGUUACAAUCUCAAACAUCAUUAGCUAAUAAGAGACCAUCAAGUAGAGGUGAAUUGUUAAAUUAUGAAAUUAAACUAAGAAAUUCUAAAUUAGAAUUGAAAAGUAUUGAAAAUUCUAAACAACAAUUAUUAUUAGAGAUCGAAAACUUAGAACAAUAUAAGAAGAAUCUUAUUCAUGAUAUCGAUCAACUUAAAAGGACAAAUAUGGUUGAUGACUCUAAUUUUAUGGAUAAUGUAUUACCUUCGACUAUACGUUCUUCUGGUCAUAGUAGAACCAAUAGUUCAACAAAUAAUGAUAUGAAUGUAUCAAAUAUUUCUACACCAAUAAUGUAUAGUACAUCUUCACCUCAAUCAACUUCAAAACAAAAAUUUUGGAAAAUAUUUGGUAAAGAAUCUAAUGGGAAUCAUCAACGUAAUAAGAAUUCAACACCGUUAAAUUUUUCAAAUUCAAGUGGGAAUUUACAAGAUUCUAUUAAUUCAAAUAAUAGUAAUGAUAUGAAUUUAAAAAAUAAUCAUGCUAUAAGUCCGAAUCAAUCAAAUAUUAGUGGAUUACAAGAAAUUGUUUUAACAGAUCUUUGUCGAUAUGAAAAUACAGCUGUACCACAUCUUAUAACAACAUGUAUUGAUUUUAUUGAGUCAGAUGAUGAAUUAUUACAAGUUGAAGGAAUUUAUAGAAAAUCUGGAUCUCAAAUUCAAAUUGAAACAAUUGAAAAAGAAUUUUAUGGGAUAAAUAAUAAUAUUAAUUACAAAUUUCCAAAUGAUAUUGAUAUUAAUGUUGUUACAAACAUUUUAAAAAGAUUUUUAAGAAAUUUGAAAAAUCCUGUCAUAACAUUUGAAUUAUAUGAUACAUUAAUUAAUUUUGUUAAAGAUAAUAAUAUGAUUCAAAAAUUAUCAUUUAAUGAUAAUCAAUUGAAGAAUCAUGACAUUCAAUUAGUUAAAUUUAUUAAUGGUAGAUUACAAAGUUUAUUAUUUCAACAAAUGCCAAGAGAACAUUUAAACCUUUUACAAAUUUUAAUAACGCAUGUUAAUAAAAUUGCAUAUUGGAAAGAUGAAAAUUUAAUGUCAUUACAUAAUUUAUCAUUAGUUUUCACACCAAGUUUAAUUCAUGAUUUAAAUUUUGAAAGAGAUAUUAUUGAUAUGAAAGAAAGAAAUUAUUUGAUUGAAUAUAUAUUUACUUACAAGAUUAUAGUUUAA